GUGAAGGUUCAAAAAACGUUAGCAAAAAACGAAUUCUGGGUUUGCAUCCUCUCCAAAUCAUGUGAUUCAGGUGCUCCAAUCCCCUCUCCAAAUCAUGUGAUUCAGGUGUUCCAAUCCCCUCCAUAUCAUGUGAGUCAGGUGUUCCAAUCCCCUCCCAAUCAUGUGAUUGAGGUGUUCCAAUCCCCUCCCAAUCAUGUGAUUCAGUGUCCAAUUCCAUGUGAGUCAGGUGUUCCAAUCCCCUCCCAAUCAUGUGAGUCAGGUGUUCCAAUCCCCUCCCAAUCAUGUGAUUCAGGUGUUCCAAUCCCCUCCCAAUCAUGUGAGUCAGGUGUUCCAAUCCCCUCCAUAUCAUGUGAUUCAGGUGUUCCAAUCCCCUCCAUAUCAUGUGAUUCAGGUGUUCCAAUCCCCUCCAUAUCAUGUGAUUCAGGUGUUCCAAUCCCCUCCAUAUCAUGUGAUUCAGGUGUUCCAAUCCCCUCC